GACCCAGUCCAUCAUCAUCAACCCCAUUGCCGCCAUCAUCCUCUCUCUCUACAUGGGUCGUCUCUUAGCGAGGAUAGAGCGCCGCUUCAACCCCGAUGCACUGCCCUUCAGUGUCAAGGAGCAUGUGCUGAUUGGCAUAUUCGCCAACUGCGGCUCGGCCUUUGGCAACGGCAACGCGUAUGCCAUAGACAUUGUCACCAUCAUGAAGCAAUUUUACAAUGUUCAUUUGCCUUUCUUCCCGGCGUUUCUCCUCGUCACCACAACGCAAGUGCUCGGAUACGGAUGGGCGGGCAUGUUCAGACGCUACCUUGUGGAGCCAGCCCACAUGUGGUGGCCCACAGACCUCGUCUAUGUCUCCCUCUACCGCACCCUCCACGAGUCAGACACGCCAGCGCGGGGCAUGCUGACACGAGCCCACUUCUUCUUCCUCAUAACAGCGCUCUCCUUCUGUUGGUAUCUCGUGCCCGGCUACCUCAUCCCCAUCGUCUCCUGCCUCUCCUGGGUCUGCUGGCUCUGGCCCUCCUCCGUCACCGCACAGCAGCUCGGCUCAGGUCUGAGGGGCAUGGGUCUCGGGGCUAUUACUCUCGACUGGGCAACCAUGUCGGCCUUCCUCUCCUCGCCCCUCGCCGCGCCCUGGUUCGCCAUCCUCAACGUUGGAAUCGGCUUCGCCGUGUUCCUCUACAUCCUCAUUCCCAUCUGCUACUGGGGCAACGUUUUCGCCGCCACGCGCUUUCCCUUCCUCUCCUCGGGCACCUUCCAGUGGUCCGGAGAUCUAUAUCCCGUGCAGGCAAUUAUCACGCCGGAUUUCCGGCUGAACGAGACCAUGUACACGGAGCAGAAUCUUGCGCCGUUUAUUUCGGUGUUCUUCGCGCUGAGCUACGGGCUGGGGUUUGCGGCGCUCACUGCCACCGUGGUGCACGUGGCGCUGUGGUAUGGGCCCGAGAUCUACCAGCGGACGAUGAGUGCCGCCACGGAGGUCAAACCAGACGUGCACACACGUCUGAUGCGCCGCUACCCCAAGGUGCCCUGGUGGUGGUUCCUGCUGCUGCUCCUCGCCAACAUCGCUGUCUGCAUCGCCUUCCUCGAACUCAACACUUACUUCCAGCUGCCCUGGUGGGGCCUGCUGCUCUCCGCUGCCCUCUCACUCUUCUUCACGCUCCCCAUCGGCAUAGUCACCGCCACCACCAAUCAGCAGCCGGGGCUCAAUAUAAUCACGGAGAUGAUUUGGGGGUACAUUCGACCGGGGGAGCCGAUAGGGAACGUGUGCUUUAAGACGUAUGGGUAUAUCAGCAUGACGCAGGCGAUAGCCUUCUUGCAAGAUUUCAAGCUCGGGCACUACAUGAAGAUCCCCCCGCAAGCCAUGUUUGUGGUACAGGUAUUCGCCACUAUCUUAGCAGGUCUUGUCAAUCUCGGCACGUCCUGGUGGCUCUACGAUACCGUGGAGAACGGGCUCAUCUGCAAGGUCACGGAUGAGAAUUUUCCGGAGAAUUCCCCAUGGACGUGCCCCACAGCCAACGUGUUCUAUUCAGCGUCCAUCAUUUGGGGGCUGAUCGGUCCCGAGCGCAUGUUUGGCCCCACGGCCUUCUACAACAACCUCAACUGGUGGUUCCUUGGCGGGGCGCUCGCACCCAUCCCCUUCUGGGCCGCGCACAAGAUGUGGCCGCGCCAGGUGUGGUUGACCAAGGUGCACAUCCCAGUCAUGCUUACUGGUGUGGGCAUGAUGCCACCAGCCACGCCCAUCAACUUCCUGGGCUGGCUCACCAUGGGCUUUAUAUUCAACAAGCUUAUCUUCACUUACCGAAAGGACUGGUGGCGUCGGUACAACUACGUGCUGUCUGCAGCACUUGAUUCAGGAGUCAUGUUCAUGGCACUUUUCAUAUUCUUUGGGGUUCAGGUUGAAACCCCUUCUGUUUCCCUCUCCUGGUGGGGUGCUGGACUAACAUCUUCUGAUAACUGUCCACUGGCCAUGUGCCCAACCGAUCCCACAGCAGUUACAUCAAUAAACUCUGCAUGUCCAACGUAUGUCGGUACCUAG